AUGGAAAAUCUUCAUAACUGUAGAACCCUUGUCCCCAUGUUUUCUCUGCUUGCUCUUCUCCUCCACUUAUCAUCCUUUCACUCUCUGUCUCUAGCUUAUGAGCUCCCAGAUGAGAAUUUCAUCAAUUGUGGAUCAGAUGCUGCUAUAACCUUAGAUCGCAGGACGUUCAUUGCAGAUGGUUCCUUCUCCUCACAGAAAAGCAAGGCUGUCAAAGCCAGCAACCAGCUUCCAGAUAAUAUAUCAAUUCUCUACCAAACCGCAAGAAUUUUCAGCCAGCAAUCCUACUAUAAGUUCGAGGUCAGUGAAAACGGUACUUAUCUUGUACGCCUGCAUUUCUUGGCUUUCUCCUCCUCAGUUAAUCUCUCCACAGCUCUUUUUGAUGUUCUGGCUUUUCAUAAUGUCUCAAAUUCUGGGUUCAAACUGUUGAGCAAUUUCACUGCUAAGAAUAGUAGCAACUCUCCUUUGAUAAAGGAGUUCUUCCUUGGGAUUGAUCCUGGCAUAUUUAAAAUAUAUUUUAUUCCUCAAGCAUCAUCUUUUGCAUUUGUAAAUGCCAUUGAAGUCUUCCUUGCCCCUACAAGUUUCAGCCCUGAGAAUGACAACAGUAGUCUUCCUUUAGUUCUGCAUACAAUUUACAGGGUGAAUGUUGGAGGCCAGGAAGUCACACCAGAUAUUGACACAAUAUGGAGAAACUGGGAACAAGAUGAUAGGUAUCUGUCUGAUCCAAACUCUGCCAAGGAAUUCCACUACUCGGGGGAGCCUGAUUAUUACAAGGAAGAGCUUAAUGACCCAGAAACUCAUUUCAUUGCUGCUAAUGAGUUUAUUGCCCCGGAUUUUGUUUACCAAACUGCCAAGGGGAUGAAUCCUAGCAGGCCAUUCGAUUCCUUCAACAUAACCUGGUCUUUUAAUGCUGCGAGAAGAAACGCUAGGCACCUUGUCCGGGUUCACUUCUGUGACAUUAUUGGUCAACCUGUAAGAAGGUUGGUGGAAAUCAGUCCCCUUUCUACACAGCCGGCUACUCCUUUCUACUAUGAUUUUGUGGUGAGUUCUAAUGAAUCUCAACUCAUUAGCAUCAGCGUAGGUGCUCGGAUAAACUCUACAAACAAAACUGCCUUUCUGAAUGGUCUGGAAAUGUUGGAGAUAAUGGAGAGCUCAGUUUCAGUUUCUGAUGUGAAAGAGUCUCUGAAGAAAAAUGUGGGUCUUGUGGUUGGUUCGGUUGUUGGAAGCCUGUCUUUCAUCUGCAUUUUGGCUUUUGGAAUCUUGUUUGGUUUGAAACACAUAAGAAGGUUGACUGCGAUUCGUGGGGUGAAGAUAUCAUUUGCUGAAGUUCAGCGUGCAACAAACAACUUUGACGACGAAAAGCUGCUUGGUGAAGGUGGCUUUGGGAAUGUUUACAGAGGAACUCUCCUCGAUGGAAGAAAAGUAGCAGUCAAGCGAGCUAAGAAAGGUUCAGGCAAGGCCUUGGAGAAUUCCAUACAGAGAUCAAGAUUUUGUCCAAGAUUCACCAUCGCCAUCUUGUUUCCUUAA